UCCCACCGCGCAGUCUGGCAUCUCCUCAAAUCUCUUCAGAUUAAGAAGGAUCAAUGAAUGAAUGACGUCUCCAAUCGAAAUGACAAUAAGACUGGCGGGUAUUUAGGUGGAGAGGAGCCUCUCGUCAUCCUGAAGCAGACUUGGCGGUGCUGCCAGAGAGAGAGAGAGAGAGCAACAGGAGACUGAGGGGAACUGCACAGUGGGAGACAGCAGCCCGGCGUGUGGUUCAGGGGCUUGGUGCCAGCAUGGACUUGAGGAAUUGAUCAUGAGAAGAGAACGUUCUGGGGUUGGUCCCUUCACCUCUCCUGGAGAAAUGGACAGUGAAUCAUUAACUUCCAGUUUCCAACCCACCGGGGGUGCACUCCAUGAGGGAAUGACUCUGGAACAGAAAACCACUUUCGCCUUUGUUAUCUUCCUCUUUAUCUUCCUGGGAAUCCUCAUCGUAAGGUGUUUCAGGAUCCUACUGGAUCCCUACAGGAGCAUGCCCACGUCCACCUGGGCUGAUGGGCUGGACGGUUUGGAGAAAGGCCAGUUUGAUUAUGUGUUAGCCUGAAUCUCAAUGGGCAGAAUGCCUCGGGAAAUUCCCCCAAAUCCCCAUGGCCAUGAUUAUCUGAUAAACGCCAGACUAUUCAGGUUCGAUAGAUUUAAACAAAAUAGAAGGUUGCAUUCCCAUUCUCCUAUCUUUCAAAAUCCGGUUGGUAAAACAGAACGGGUGAUUAUAGCCGCAUAAUGAACAGAUGUAAUAUAAGCGCAGGAAUUACACUCUGUGACCUCCUUACAAUAGACUACUUAGCUGUUAUGGAUAAACAUUUGAAACAAAAAAAAUGGUCAUUGGACUGGAAAAGUUAACGGUGUCUCUCUCCCGAGAUGCUGCCAGACCUGCCAAGUUUCUCCAGUGUUUUCAAACUCGGUUUCAGAUCCCCAGCAUCUGUCGCUCUUUGAUUUUAUUAUGGAUAAGCAUUUGCAUGGGAGGGUUGCACUAAAACUUUAGCAGCAGAAUUUAAUGCUAUUCAGUGGCCGCUUUCAGAAGGGAUGCUGGUCUUGAAUUUGACACCGGUAUCAGUGGGAUCUGCUGUGAUUGGAGAGUGGGCGAUGCUAUGUCAACGCGGCAGCUCUGUA